GUGAAUAGCCAUUUCCCAAACAGUUAACGCUUGAUAGCAAUAAAAAAAACCUUUAUGUUUACCAACUAACAGCUAACUACAAGUCAAACAGUCUCUAGCUAGCUAACAUAACAUGCUAAUAAUUAGCGAACACAGCUCCUGCGCACAUUUAGCGGUUAAAGUUAGCUAGUUUGGGGACUGCCACAUUUAAAGGGCAGGUGGGGGGCCUCCACCUGCUGAAUGAACCCCAUCAGCGUCGGGGAGUACCAUGGGCUACGGGUGGGCUCAGCCCUGCUCAGCAUUGUGGCGGGCUGCAUCAUCAUUGGGGUCUCCAGGGAGUGUGACGCUGAUGCUGUAGGAGGUAUCUUCCUGGGAGCGGGGGGCCUCGGCCUGCUCAUAUCGAUCUACCCCUUCAUAAAAGCCUGGCUGAACAUCAACCACAUACUUCCAUCCUUUGGAAACUUCAGAGUGCACCCCACACCUGCCAAUCCAGCUCCUGAUCAACCCGUAGAGACACUAAGAAGAGAGGGAACGCAGAGUCAACUGAAUCUGGAACGUUCUAAGAGUCGAAUGGGAACCUUUGUGGAGGGCGGACCGAUGGCUGAACCCAACCCAGAUGAGGGGACAUCUUCAGACAUGCCAGACGUCUUAUCUAGACGGAAACUUAAGCAAUCACCUCCUGAUCAAGACCUGCCAUGAUGUCACCACAUGACCUGACUGACCAAUGUUAUUCAUCUUCCCCGCUAAUCUUCUUCAUUAGGUUUCUUUCAAAUGUGGGACAAAAGACUUUGAUUUGAAUCUUUCUGGGUCAUAAUUCUUUUUCUGUAGAAUUGUUGUACCUCCUGAACUUGAUGUUUGUUGAGAUUACCUCAUGAUAUUGUACUUAUGUGGUCUAAUAAACUCUCCAAAGAUUCGGUUGUGAUUG